AUGACGACCUCGAAUCAGAACGUCGAUAACAUCGACGCCCUCCUCGACUUCAGCGAGUAUGACAACAUGUCUUAUCAGUCUCCCUCGCUCUCUCCUGCGGCCACCGCCAAGAACACCUUCACUCGCCCAUCAGUCAGCACCGUCGCGACCCCGACGAUGCCGUCCGCAUCACAACCCCUUACUGGCCCCAGCCACCAGUAUGAUCUCUACAAGCAGCAGACUGGCAUCGUUCCCGGUGCCCUCGCCAGCACCCUGGCCGUGAACGAGGCCAACUCUCAUAUCAGCGGCUACAACAGCGGCUAUGGAAUGGACUACUUGGGCAAUGGCUUGAGCCCGGAGAACGACAUGUUUGACUUCAACACAUCGCCCUCCCAAAACUCUACCGGCUUGGAUAUGGAUAUGGAGUUUGACUCCCCUCCGGACUCCCAGUACUUCUUCCCCAACACCACCGUCAACCCCACUGCCAUCGGCGGACAAGAGUCUCCCGUGGUCCCCUCCCAGCAAAGCAACGUGGGCCGCCUCUGGCCCGGCAUGCACUCCCAGGCUGCGCUUGCCAAGGCCCAGGCCCAGCAAAGACAACAGCAACAAAUCAUCCAGCAGCAGCAGCAGCGUCAGCAGAUGGGCCAGAAGCAGCGCACCAAAAGCCAGCAGCCUACCGACCCCAUUGUUGAACAGAAGAUCACCCAGCUCCUCAACUCCAUGCGUGCUAAGCCCGCUCAAGAGGGCGACAGCCCCACUCCUCUCAUGAACCUGCCUAGAUGCAAGAAGGACGAGGAGGAUAUGGACGAGGAUGAGAGACUUCUCGCUAGCGAGGAGGGCAAGAAGCUCAGCAGCAAGGAGCGUCGCCAACUCCGCAACAAGGUUUCCGCCCGCGCCUUCCGUUCCCGCAGAAAGGAAUACAUCACUCAGCUCGAGGCCGAGAUUGCCAACAAGGUUUCCGAGAACGGCGAGCUUCGCCAGCACAACCGUGCUCUCCAGGACGAGAACAAGCGCCUGCAGGAUCUCACCCGCAUGCUCCUCGCUUCUCCCUCAUUCUCCAACUUCCUUGACCACCUCAGCACCAACCCCCAGCCCGCCCCUCAGCAGCAGCAAGCUCCCGCCGUCAAGGUUGAGAGACAAGCCGAGCAGCGCCAGAUUCCCAAGGACAUCAACCCCUACGCCAACCAGACUCAGCAGCAGCAGAUCGGCAUGGCCAUGCUCCCUGAGCAGAACAUGGACUUUUCCAUGCUGAACAUUGACAACGACGCCUACAACUUCCAACCCCAGGUCUUCGCUGUUCUCGAGACCCCGGACGUUCCCGUUACCAUUGACACCAACGUUCUCUCCGGAAAGUCUUCCAACUUUGUCGGCGAGCAAUUCGAGUCUGAUGACGAGAAGAUCGAGCUCCCCACUAUUGAGGCUCCCAAGGUCCUGGCGCCGGAGGUUCAGUCCCAGGCUCCGGCGACCGAGGAGGUCUUCGAUGACGAGUUCGAGAACGACCCUGAGUUCGCUCUGUACCACUCUGCUCCUGCCCCUGCUACUGUAUCCCCUGUCGAGCUUGACACCGAAGCCCUCUCACAAGCUGAGAUCUUCGGAGGUGUCGAAGCCGAGAAGGUUCUUGCCCGCUACGAGCUCGUCGAUGCAUCAGAAGAUGAGAAGAACGCAUGUGUGGCCAUGGCCAAGGUGCAACGCAUCGACGCCGCGCUUCAACCAGUUCUCGCCAGAUUGGAGUCGCUUUUCCUCUAA